GCGCCUACGCGAAACGGUCGGUUAAAAGACCGUCAAACGGGAUCGGUAUCGGCGGCAAAUUAGCGGGAAUGAUCGUAGAGGCGUGAAUUGCUUACGAAAAAAUUGCAAGAAACCGAAACGUGUGUGGCUAGCUUGAGAGUGAAGAAAGUUUUUUGUUUAUUUGUUCAAACUCAUUUGGAUUACCACUCGACAUGGCGCUCAAAGAAUUCGCAGUCUACCUGUUCUUCUGCUCAGUUUGGUUGAAUACGGCUUAUGCAUCGACGGAAUAUAAUCGUUAUGUGACGCAGAUAUUUCAAAAGUACGGCAGUGGAGACACCAUUAACUUUGAGGGUCUUGAGCACCUGAUGUACAGCCUAGGAUUGGGACACAUUCAAUUCGAGUCCACGCACACCAUAGACGAGCAUCGACCCCAGGGCUAUGAAUACGCCAUGGAAACCAAAGUCGAUGUACAGCCCAGCACUAAUGAGAGCCAAACCGACAUCCAGCUGACCGAUCAGCACUCGAAAAAGAAUCAAACACAAGCGAGUAAUGUUACAAAAAUCCUAGAGUUCAGAGAAAUGCACGAUCCGAAGCACAGACAUCCAAGGGAGAGCACAGUUGCCCUCGAUGGCCAACGAUUGCCAGCAGCCGCCUGUCUGUCGCCAAAAUCGCUGCUGGCUCUGAUCGUGGAUCACGAUGAUCUGCAUCGGAAUUCAAUCUACAAUCGGAUCGUGAAGAAUGAGAAGCACAAUUCGGAGGAGGAGUACAAUGAGUUCAUCAACAGUGUCCUCAUCACACCCAAUGCAUUCCUUAAGCUCUGCCCGGCGUUGCUCUCUCAGAUUGAUAAUGGAGUCUGCAUGCAGCCGGCAAAGCGACAAGCACACAAUGAUCAGGAAAAGAAAGACAAAAUUUGGCGCGCUUGGAUAUACGCCAGCAUCUCCAUGUUUGUGCUGUCAGCCUGCGGUCUGCUUGGCAUUCUGCUGGUGCCACUCAUGAAGACGGUUGCCUAUCAGGAGAUCCUCAAGUUCCUUGUCGCCAUUGCAGUGGGCACGCUGGCUGGCGAUGCGUUGAUGCAUCUACUGCCACAUGCACUUUUCAAAGAGGAGAAGCACGAACAUGCCGUUGACACGCUUAGGUUGACAGCCCAAGACGAGAGCCACAAACAUAGCAGCGAGGCAGCUUUGCUUUGCGGCUGUUCAUUUCUAGCCGCACUCUUUAUGUUCAUGCUGGAGAAUCUGAUACCGCUGCUCAAGGGCGAUCAGCAAGGACAUGGUCAUGGUCAUAGUCACACACAUGGCCACAGUCACAGCCAUGCGGAGAAGCCCCAAGCCCCAGCACAGGAGGCACCUGCGCCACGUGAACUGAAUGUCAUGCUAAAUGAAACUAAGUUGGACAAGAAGGCGCCUAGUGCUCCAUUAACUCCCAUCGCAUUCAUGGUCAUCAUUGGCGAUGGAUUGCAUAAUCUCACCGAUGGUCUAGCGAUUGGAGCUGCCUUUGCCAGUGAUCCCGUCACGGGCCUAGCCACUGCCUUUGCCGUCUUGUGCCACGAACUGCCUCAUGAGCUGGGUGACUUUGCCUUGCUGCUCCAAACAGGAGUCUCCAUACGUCGAGCUGUUUACAUGAAUAUUGUGAGCUCGGUGCUGAGCUUUGUUGGCAUGUCGAUUGGCCUGCUGCUGGUCGGCAUCGGUGACGGCGUGACUCAGUGGAUCUACGCAGCGACAGCAGGUUCUUUCCUAUACAUUGCCUUUGCGGAUUUGGUGCCCACAAUGAGUGUGGCUCACAAUCCGGAACUAGCGCGUGAUCCGAAGGGUAUAAUAAUUCAGAUUUUGGGUAUUUUCUUGGGCGGUGCAAUAAUGCUGGUGAUUGCUUUGAAUGAGCAUGAUUUGGAAGGUCUAUUUAAGGGUGAAUAGAUGUAGUGAGUGCCACAGUGGCAUUGUGUAUGGAAUCUCAAUGAAAAAUACAUGGCAAGUCACAUCUAAAUGCAAAAUUCAAACAGCAAAUAAUUCAACUUGGUUGUCUCCCUUCCAAUCUAUAGGGUUGUAUAGUUAGUUUACCGCUUGUACAGUCAAAAAUACCAAAUCAAAUGCACAAUUGUUGGCAGCAAAGAACUAGUUAAUAUUGCUCGUAUGAAAACUAUGAUUUUAUGCUCGAGAAAAGUAUGUAAAUAAGAUUCUAAAUCCAAAUAUAAGCGUGCGACUUUUGUAGUUUAAGAACUCGAUCUUUAAUGA